UAAUAAGAAUAAGAUAUCUUUCUUUAUAUUAUAAAUAAAUAUAAAAUCUAAAUAAAAAUAACAGGUACAAAUAGUAAAUCGAGGUACCCAUUCUAUGACAACUCUUAAUUUUCCCUCUGUUUUGGUCCCUUUAGUAGGCCUAGUAUUUCCGGCAAUCGCAAUGGCUUCUUUAUUUCUUCAUGUUCAAAAAAACAAGAUUGUUUAGAGCCGAGGGCGCAAAAUAUUAUCUUUUUUUUUUUCAAAACUGACGCUUGUAUCAUAACACAGAUAUCCAUUUAGCUAAAUAUGGUAUAAGAGGCUUCCGUCGAAAUCUCCCCAAAAUGCUAUUAACUAGUUUCAAAUAGACCCGAAUCGACAAAUAGCUGAUAAAGCUGGUCUAUCUAUAUACAUGUGGCUAUCUUUAGUGAGUCAUACGAAGGGUGUGUUAUUAGUUUAGAUCUAACCAAUUUAAUGAAUUACUCCUAAAGGUUCACAUCAAACUAGUGCUAGUUGAUGCGAGUUACUUCGGAAAUAAACGGCAAAUUCAUUUGGGGUAUUCUCUCAAUUCCAAAAAAAGCAACCGGAUCAAGUAUGAGUUGUCGAUCAGAACAUAUAUGGAUAGAACCUAUAAUGGGGGCUCGAAAAACAAGUAAUUUCUGCUGGGCUGUUAUCCUUUUUUUAGGUUCAUUAGGAUUCUUGUUGGUUGGAACCUCGAGUUAUCUUGGUAGAAAUUUGAUAUCUUUAUUUCCGUCUCAGCAAAUAGUUUUUUUUCCACAAGGGAUUGUGAUGUCUUUCUAUGGGAUCGCGGGUCUUUUUAUUAGCUCCUAUUUGUGGUGCACAAUUUCGUGGAAUGUAGGUAGUGGUUAUGAUCGAUUUGAUAGAAAAGACGGAAUAGUGUGUAUCUUUCGUUGGGGAUUCCCUGGAAAAAAUCGUCGGGUCUUCCUCCGAUUUCUUAUAAAAGAUAUUCAGUCCGUCAGAAUAGAAGUUAAAGAGGGUAUUUAUGCUCGUCGUGUCCUUUAUAUGGAUAUCAGAGGCCAGGGAGCCAUUCCAUUGACUCGUACUGAUGAGAAUUUUACUCCACGGGAAAUGGAACAAAAAGCUGCUGAAUUGGCUUAUUUCUUGCGUGUACCUAUUGAAGUAUUUUAAGAAAU